AGAGUGAGAGAGUGAAAACAGACCAUUGUUUUUCCAAUAAGUUAGUCUAUCCAUCCAUCAUCUUGUUUGUGCAAACGUAAAAUUUUUCAAUACAUUUUCAUUUAGUUAGAAUCAAUUUAAUCUGAAAGAAAUUCUAUUUGUAAUGCCAUAAAUUAACACAACAAUCAAGGAAAUCAUCAGUACACUUGGAUAUUGAAUAUUGAAUUUAUUAUAUCUAUUAUUAAUCGAAAUGUCAAUGCAUACUUCUUCUUAUCGUAAACGUAAUUGGCCGACUGAUCCAGAAGAUGAUUAUUCAUUCAAUUAUACUCAGCAUCAUUCUGAUUUUAAUCAAUGUUCAACAAUAAUCCAUGAUAAUAAUAAUAAUAAUCACAAUAUUGAACAUUUAACAAUAUCUCAACAAUCACCGUCAACAAUACAGCAUCAACCACCGAUUAAACGUGUAGCCAAUGAACGUGAACGUACACGUACAGCUAGUGUGAAUGAUGCCUUUCUAAUGUUGCGUAGUUUAAUACCCACAGAACCAAUUAAUCGAAAAUUAUCAAAAAUUGAAACAUUACGCUUAGCUUCAUCGUAUAUAUCACAUUUACAUGCGAUUCUUGUCACUGGCUCUGGACCAGCUGAUCAACCAUGUUUUAAACAACAUCAACAAUUUAACAGUGAUGAUAAUGAUGAUGAUUGUAGUGAGAAUGUAGAUGAUAAACAUCACAUUGGUUUCAAUCAUCCUCAUCCACAUCAACAUCCCCAUCCACAUCAUCAUCAUAAACGUUAUCGACCAGUGUGUACAUUUUGUGUCACUGAAAUGAAACACCAUCAACGACGUACAAUGAUGAAUAAAGACGCCAUUAUUAUAUCGAAUGGACAAUAGAUAAAAAAAAACCAAGAGAAUAACAUUUUUCUUUUCAAUGAUGAUAAUUGUGAGAAAAAAUUGUUCCCCCCAUUUUUUCCCUUUUCAGAUAAACAAAAUCUGUAAUGUACAGUCAGUCAUAUUAUGACUAUUAAUUUGGGUUUCUUUUUGCAUCUUACUUCAUUCAAAUGCUCACAAGUAACACAUUUGAAUAAAUAUAAAAUAUAUAUAAAUAUAUUAAAGAUAGAAAAGAAUUUUUUCUAUU